AUGGGAAAUACAUGCUGCUUUUUAUGUGGAUGCAUAGACCAAGCAAGCGUUGGUGUUAUUGAAAGGUGGGGUCGUUUUGAGCGAUUGGCUCCGCCAGGUUUCCACUUCUUUAACUGCUUUACUGGUCAAUGUUUGGCCGGUGUUAUGUCUACCAGAAUCCACUCUCUUGAUGUUCGCAUUGAAACCAAAACCAAGGAUAAUGUCUUUGUGCAAUUGGUUUGCUCGAUUCAGUACCGAGUAGUCAAGGAAAAUGCUGAUGAUGCAUUCUAUGAGUUGGCAAAUCCCAAGGAGCAGAUUCAGGCUUAUGUGUUUGAUGUGGUUCGAGCUCUCGUUCCAAGAAUGGCAUUGGAUGAGCUUUUUGAGCAGAAGGGUGAGGUUGCCAAAGCUGUUUUGGAGGAAUUGGAGAAGGUGAUGGGAGCCUAUGGCUACAGCAUCGAGCACAUUCUGAUGGUUGACAUCAUACCUGAUGAUACUGUACGCAAGGCAAUGAACGAGAUCAAUGCAGCUCAACGACUUCAGCUUGCUAGUGUAUACAAAGGUGAAGCUGAAAAGAUAUUCCAGGUCAAAAAAGCAGAAGCUGAAGCUGAAGCCAAGUACCUUGGUGGGGUCGGCGUGGCCAGGCAGAGGCAGGCAAUCACCGAUGGUUUGAGAGAGAACAUACUGGAGUUCUCACACAAGGUGACGGGCACAUCAGCUAAGGAGGUGAUGGACCUCAUCAUGAUCACCCAGUACUUCGACACCAUCAAAGACCUCGGCAACUCAUCGAAGAACACAACUGUUUUUAUUCCUCAUGGCCCUGGUCAUGUGAGAGAUAUUGGCGACCAGAUUCGCAAUGGCCUGAUGGAGGCAUCCUCUGCUCAACUUGAUGAGCAGUGA